CCUAGUCUCUCUUCGUGCCAUCCGCCGUUGGGCCUACGGCCUUCGGCGUCCCCAAUAAGGCAUAGCUCCGGCCUCCGGGAAUCCCCAUCAACCUCCACUUCCUCCUCCACUCCCCGGCCCCGGCCACGGCCACUGAUCGCGGCGGUGAGGUGAGCAGAACAUGCUCUUUCUACGUCUUGCUGAAGUUUUAAGUUAUAUUGAUAUUCCUGUUGUCAAGUCUGAACUCAAACCUCAGCUAACUGGUUAGUGGUGGCAUGUCUGCCAAGGUGCCAAGGUGCUUAGGAGUUACUUCCAGUGGCAUGGCGGAUUGGGCCUCUAUUCAAACUGAUAUUCUUGGCAUAAUAAUAAAGAAGCUUCCAAUCCCUGAUUACAUUAGAUUUCGUGCUGUGUGCACAUCUUGGAACAAUGUCUGCAAGGAUGUGUCAUACCGUCCAAGGGUGGACCCAUGGCUGAUGCUCCCCCCAGAUCAGAAUCCUCUUGGUGCUCAGUUCUUUUGCAUUCCUGAAAGAAAGAAUCAAAGUAUCCGUCUCCCUAGCACUGCCUCACUGUUUGAAUCUGUCUGGGCUCCAGUUGGUUCUUCCAAUGGAUGGCUUAUCUACUUCAGUCGAACUUAUGGAACCAUGCAGCUGGUUAACCCUAUCAGUGGCAAACACAUUCAGCUGCCCCCGUUAGGACGUAGGAUCUUCUCUAAGGCCAAGCUGCUUGAAAUGAAUGAGAGGAACUUUAUUGUUGCUGUCCUCUAUGCUGAUGAGAAAGGUUAUAAAGUAACGCGACAAGGAUCUAGCAACUGGUCGUCUGUUGAAUCAAAAUUCAUUUUGGAUGAUAUCAUCAAGCAUAGAGGUCGGCUGUACACGUGUGAUAUGUAUGGUACAGUUGAGAUGUGGGCAGAGCCACCCCAUGCAUGGCCAGACGAGGAAGUCACGCAUCGGUGGAGGUUUCGCUGUCUUAUAGAGACCCCUGCUGGUGAUCUGAUUAGGGUUAAGCGCCUGUGUCAGAAUAAGUUUGCUGUUUGGAUAUUGGACAAGGGGACCUUUUCCUGGGUUGGAACCGAGAACAUUGGGGAUCUUGCACUGUUUGUGAGCCAUUACAACUCAUUCUGUUUCCCUGCCAAUGACCACCCCAACCUGAAAGCGAACUGCAUCUACUUCAUUGACAUGUACAAUAACCUGUGUGCAUUCAACCUUGAGCAUGGGACUAAGGAACUUGUCCAAACUCUUGCUAUCGGCCAAGGCCAAGGGCGCAAUGACUACUACCGUCGGCCUCAGCGAGACCAGAUCUUAUGGUUUAUCCCUUCACUGGAAUAAAUACUAAAUGAAUAGGUAAUGGUGAAAGUUGCAUGUCCGUUUACCCCCGAGAUGGAGCUCAUAUAGUAUUGUAGGCUCCUAUGUCUCCUAUGGAUGGCCAUUUAUCCCAAGAUGGAGGCCAUAUAGUAUUCCGUAUUUCCAAAGUAUUGGAUGUUGCACAUGCAACCGCAGGUUUAUGUAUAUGAAUUUCUGAAGUAUUGGACAUCUUUGUAAUUGUGGCUAAAUCAACUGCUUUAACUAUUUGCAGUGGGAGUGUAUGUGAAUUUGAAACUUCGUUUCAAGCUGUUUUGGGCUGUAAA